AUGGUAUCUUACAUGAUACUUCGGCAUCAUCAUGGCGAAGCGAAUUUCAAUAUAUAUCCAUCGCUAGAAGGAGAUGGGAAAAAUCAUAUGCUACCGACCGGCGAACUUCUGGUGUACAACAUCACUCGCACCGAUGCGCACAAAGUUUAUCGCUGCCGCACCCAUCACAAGUUGACACAGGACUCCGUUGUGAGCAGCAAUAUGGGCAAAAUUCAAUUGACUGAAAUGCGUGAACUCGUUCCGCCCAUUAUGAAUGAGAAGGCCACAAGCGUGGUAGGACGUCUGGGCCCGAAGCCUGUCUAUCGGUAA